UAAUUAUGUCAUUUUAGACUUGGAUGUCAUGUAAACGCAUCCUAUUGUUGUAUUUAUUUAUUGUUGAAAUAAGAGAAUUGCUGAAUAACUAUUUAUGAUAAUUAUUUAAAAUCGCGAUGGUUGCUGAAUUUAAAUGAACUUGAGGCUUAUAAACGAUAAGUUAUUAAGUUUUUAUUUUAUAAUUUGCCCAUUAUGGAUCUUCAAACAUCUCAUUUGGCCGCGGCGUUGAUGUCGGGUCCAUCGUUACCUGUGUAUAAUAACACGUCGGCUGAGGCUACAGCGACUGUUACUGCCCCACCUAAUAAUCCGAAUGAAGAAGUUAAAAAUGAGAAACCCAAUGAACCACCGAAAGACCCGCCAGAAGAAGAUAAAGAAGAAUUAGCAAGUGGAGAGGAGUACUCUGAUGAAGAAAUGGAAGCACAAUCAGGCAGUAAGUCGAUGCCAGGUAGAGGAGUUACUUUACAAAUGCUGCUAGAAGAGAAAAUGCUUGAGCCAGGCACUGCAGCUAUGACAAUAGAAUAUCUAGGACAAAAAUUUGUUGGAGAUUUGCAGCCUGAUGGUAAGAUAAAGUCUCAUGAGACUGAAACCAUAUUUUGUUCACCAUCAGCUUGGGCAAUACACUGCAAGCGCAUUAUAAACCCAGACAAGAGGUCUGGCUGUGGCUGGGCAUCUGUCAAAUAUAGAGGGAAGAAACUAGAUACAAUUAAAGCCACAUAUUUACGCAAGAAACAGCUGCAAAGAGAGAAUAUGCACACUGAUGAGGAAGUAGAAAUGGAAGUGGAGAACCCUCCUGAGCCCCCGCCACAGAGGGUAGUAAUGAAACACAACACUGUGCCAAAUAGAAUGAUGCAACAUGAUGCCAACAUGUUAAUAGAAGCAGUAUCAUUUUCAUCAGCCGGGAAGGUGCAGCCUUUCCUGGUGUCAGUCAGUUCCAAUGCCAGCCUUGUGCUAGACAUCCACUGUCAUUUGAAGAAGGAAGAGGUCUAUGGAUACUUAGCUGGCACUUGGGAUUUGAAUAGUCAUAAUGUCAUGAUAACACACACAUUCCCUUGUCUGAUUAGUAAGAACGACAACCGACCUCGAGUUCUAGUCGAGCUGGAGAUUCAAAUGGAAAUAGAGAAGUUGGGUCUGACAUUAUUGGGAUGGUACCACUCUCACCCAACCAACCCUGCGAUGCCAAGUUUGAGGGAUUGUGACAACCAACUAGAAUAUCAAAUCAAAAUGCGAGGACCUAGUGAAAUAUCGUACAUUCCGUGCAUUGGAGUCAUUUGUUCUCCAUACAACCCCGAAAGCCCGGUUUUGGAAUCGUCACUGACGUUCUUCUGGGUGAUGCCUCCACCAGAACAAAGGCCCACCGAGUACCCGCGGCCUCUCCUCCUUCAAUACAACAUGGUGCAUGACAGCCAUCUAUCACCACACGCCAUGGAACAAAUUAGGAAGAGUAUCAAGUACUAUUUUUCAUUCUCUGAUGACACAUUUGUUAAUUUUAAAGACAAUUUUAAACCUGAUAUCACAUACUUGGACAAAUUGAAAUGCACUUUAACUGCUAAGUUUCCUAGAGAACAAAGUGAUGGUCUGUUGUGGCAUUUCAUACGCGACGAGUUAGGUUGUUCUUCCGAAAAUGAUGAUAAAAUGGACCUUGAUGCGUUAUUGGCGGUUCCUCAACCUAUACCGGUGUCCAAGCCAAGUCAGAUUACAUCUGUCCCCAAUUUCCCGUCUGUGAGUACGUUACAGCAGAUGGUGAGCCGACCAGCGGGGGUUCCUCCUAUAAAUGUGUCUUCGUCAAUAGGUUCAGGUUCUCCCCACAAGUUCGAAACGCCCCAACUGAACAUUCCAGUACUACCAACAUCUUCUAAAUCAUCCUCAAAGUCCGCGACGCCGACACUCCCGUCACCAUAUCCUACAGGAUUGGAUAUGUUAACGAGCAUGGCUUUAGGAUUAGGUUCUCCCAACAUGCCUCUACCUAUGGGUGCAUCUAGUCUGGAGAGUUUAGCUGCUGCUAACAGCAUGCUGACUGGUCUCACCCCUGGCAUGUCCUCGAGUCUAGCAGCUAGUUUGUCGGGUAGCAAACUUCCAGAUCCACCAUCCUACGCUGCAUCUUUGCAGAAUUUAACCAGCAGUAUCGGGAGUUAUGACAAAACACCGAGCAGCACAUCGACGAGCACCACCGCUACAGGCACUAUCCCCGCUAGUCUUGCUUCCAAUCUCAUGAUGAGUUCUGCCGAUAUUGCGAAUGCGUUAUUCUCGGCCAGCAAAUACUCCAGCGCUGGAAUUCUGGGGAUUCCAGAUCCAAUGUCAAAAUCGACGUUAGCUGCAAAUAAUAUGUUUUUAUCACCAUCGUUGAUGAAAAUGCAGGAAUCUCUUCUGAAACCACUUUCGACGAGUAGUCCGAUAUCCACAAAGGCUGGUUUGGAUCAAAGCAUGUUGAUGAAAUCACCCCACGAUUUAUUGAAAGGUAAUAAAGAUUACUUGCCUCCUGAUUUUGGAAGUAUUGGAAAAGGUAAAUCGGAUUCAUUAGAAGGUAUGAAGUUGAACGAAACUGCAACUUCUUCGAAAAUGGAAACGGCUAAAUCUGAUAGUAUGGACGCUCAGGCCACUGACUUUAGUAUGCCUUCACGGGUCGGUGGGGAGUCGUUUUUGAAUCAAAUGUUAGAAUUAACAAAAAAGACCACCAUGCCGGAUUAUUUAUCGGAUUACAACCAACCCCUAAAGUUAACAAAGCCAGAAGAUUUAUCCACUUCUGUGCCAUCUAGUCAUCACCCCUAUAUGGGUUCUUCAAGUAUCGUAGAUACUAUAGCGCAGGUCGCCAUGGGAAACUUUGCAAAACAUGACGAACCCAAGGACUAUGCUAAAGAGACGGAUUACAGUACCAAUAAGGUCAGUAGUAAUGAAAACGAAAAUCUAUAAACUUCUACAUAUUCAACUUAUUGCAGAUUAUAGUGUAGCUAAUAAAUAAGCCAAAUUUAACCGUGACAAGAUUGUCUCUAUUAAUUGCGAAUGUACCGACUAGUUCACUCGAUAACAGCUAAAUAUUUUCUAAAUCUCAAAAUGUAUCUCUAUAGAUCUCUCUGUGAAUUUUAACAAAUGUGUAUUACUUUAACAGCAACAGUGUCUGUAUACAUUCAGGUUAGUUCUCAAAAGUGUUUUUGCAUCCAUUUUGAGUCUGAUAGUAACUUAAGAAGCAUUAUAUUUUUUGUGAUGUAAACAUAAUUCGUUCCAAACAAAGUGAAUCGCAGCAUAAUAACCCUGUUUUCCUGCCAUAGUUUAGAUCGGAUUAUAGCUAAUCGAUAAUCAGUCUUAAAGUAUUAUUUUGUAUAAUCUUUGCACUCGAAUUCGUGUCGUUUGUGUUAAGUAUAAAUGCUAGAGUGUAUUAAUAGAUUAGAUUCUCCAUAUAUUUAAUGUUUUGUACGUAUCAUAUACAAUAUUUAUUUUACAUUAAGAUUACGAUAAUAAACUCUUGAUUGUGACGUA